UUGCUCUGAAUACUUCACAUCAGAUACCAUGAUGAAAGUGCCGGUACUCAUAGUACUAGCCCUUCUGGGCUUUUCUAGUGCCAAAUACGAAGGCUACAAAGUUUAUAAAUUUGUAACAAAAACUCAUCUUCAAAAUAUAUAUCUGCAGUCCUUAGAAGCAAUCCCAGACUUCGAUUUUUGGUCCAAAAUAAACACAGUUGGUAACCCUGUUACCGUCAUGGUACCACCGAGAUUCCAAACCAAACUUGAGGAUUAUUUAAAAACCAACAACAUUGAUUUUAGCGUCGAAAUAGAAAAUGUCCAAAGAGCCAUCCAAGCUGAAAAACAGUACCACCAAUCGAGACAAGCAUUGAAAUUGGGAAAAAUUAGUUUUGACCAGUAUCUGCGCCAUGCUGAGAUUAACGCUUAUUUAACCCAACUCGCUAAAGAUUAUCCCGACAUUGUCACUCUUGAAACAAUGGGCAAAUCGUAUGAAAAACGCGAUAUGAAUUUAAUUCGGAUUUCCUCCGGUCCGAGAAACCCCCCAAAACCGGUGAUUUUUGUCGAUGCCGGUAUCCAUGCCCGAGAGUGGAUAGCCCCAGCUGUCGCUCUGUACCUAAUAAACCAACUUGUCGAAAACCCAUCCAACAGUAAUCUUCUUGAAAACGUCGACUGGAUCAUCCUCCCUAGUGUCAAUCCCGAUGGUUACGAAUUCAGCUGGAACGAAGACCGUCUUUGGCGCAAAACCCGAUCUCCAGGAACCGUCUGCCCUGGUUGUGACCCUAAUCGCAACUUCGGAUACCACUGGAUGGAAGCCGGGGCUAGUAAUUGGGAAUGUUCGGAGACCUACGCCGGAAAAGAAGCUUUCUCUGAAGUGGAAGCUCGGAAUUUGAGAGAUUACUUAGCCAACACUGCGAAUAUUAAGGCGUAUUUGACACUGCACAGUUAUGGGCAAUAUUUGCUCUAUCCAUGGGGUUAUGGUAAUGUCCUUUGUGAUAACUGGAAAGAACUGGAUGACUUGGGGCAUAAAGUAGACGAUGCCAUAAGUUCGGUUAAUGGCACUAGGUACACUAUUGGUAGUUCCACGCAAGUGUUGUAUGCUGCUGCUGGGGCUAGUGAUGAUUGGGCGAUGGGUGGCGCUGGGAUUGAUAUUGUUUAUACCAUUGAGUUGCCAGGGGGAGGAAACUAUGGGUUUGAUUUGCCGGCUUCGAGGAUUAAGGAUGUGGCAGUCGAAACGUUUGAAGGAUUUAAAGUAUUUGCUGAUUAUGUUGCAAAAAAUAGAAGCUAAGUUAUUUCAGGAACAAUAUAGCAAAUAAACAAAUUUUUGUCAUUUGAUUAAUUAAAUAGUAAAACCCUGGUUGAAUAAAAUAAAUAUGCACAUCUUAUUCAUUAUCUUCGUUGAAAACACUAAGCAACAUUAAAUUGGAAACACUUGAUUAUAGUAGAGUUAAAAAUUAAAAAAAAAAAGUUUUUUUGACCAGGAUAUUGUUGACCCUGUGAUAAAUGCAAUGCUUCAAUUAUAAUGUUUUUCAUGUUUCUAAAACAUUUUGCAAAAUAAAAAAUGUAAUGCUUCAAUUAUAAUGUUUUUCAUGUUUCUAAAACAUUUUGCAAAAUAAAAAAUGAUAUAUGA